GUUUAACUGGUCUAAAGUUAGUUUUCCAAAAUACUCCAGUCUCACGCUUUGUUGUCCCGACUAGCUUCGAGCUGCUUCAAGCUAGCAGAGCAGAGCUGAUCAUUUAAGGAGUAAAGAUGUCUCAAGAAGUAACAUCCAGGACCCCUACUGUCAUGGACCUCCAUUCAGAUUCACAUAAACAGAGCAUCCUGAGUAAGUUCGACAAGCUCAGGAAAAAAGACCUGCUCUGCGACAUCACUCUUGUCGUAGAGGACAAGCAAUUCAAGGCGCACAAAGCCCUGCUGGCAGCCAGCAGCGAGUUCUUCUCCCUCAUGUUCACAGCAGGAGAUCAGAUGUCUGCUCAGUCCACCUUCAGGCUGGAUGGUAUGGCAGCUAAGAUGUUUGCAGCUGUUCUGGAUUUCAUCUACAGCGCUCAGGUGUCUGUGGAGGAGAGCGCUUUGGAGCAGCUCCUGGUCACGGCUCGUCUUAUGAAGGUCAACGAACUUGUCAAAGGUCUCGCUGAACUCUCACCUUCUGCUGCAGCUCCUGAAGCUGAAAAGAGCCUCAAACCUAAGGAGCCAAAUCUUAAACGCAAAAGAGGAAGACCAAGGAAGGUCAUAAAUGUACCGGUAUUAGAUACAGAAGGGAGACGUGAUCCACAGGAGUACAUGGAGGAGGUGCAGGAUGGAGAUGUGGACUGUGAUGUUGUGACUGAGCCACAGCCUAAUGAAGACGAUCCAGAUUAUAACCCAGGAGUCAAUCAGAGCCGGCUGAGCAAACGUAAGAUCAGACCCCCGGUAAAAUUCGAGAGCUACAAGGUGGGAAGUGACACAGCAGAAAACAAAGAGCCUGGGAAGAGAGGCAGGAAGAGGAAAUACCCAAACACAGAGUACCCAUGUGAGGAGUGUGGCAAAAUGUUCAAAAACCCACUCUUCUUAAAGGUCCACCAGAGGACUCAUACAGGAGAGAAGCCUUUUCGAUGCCCGGUUUGUGGGAAGUGUUUCACCCAGAAGCACACCAUGCUGGUCCACCAGCGCAUGCACACUGGAGAGAAACCUUUUGUUUGUACGAUCUGCUCCAAAGCGCUCUCUACUAAAAACUCCCUGCAAGAGCACAUGAACCUCCACGAAGAAGAGAAAUCUUUCAGCUGUGAUAAAUGUGGGAAGACGUUCACUCAGAAAAGGCAGCUUAGAAGUCAUUAUAAAGUUCAUACAGGUAAAUCUCUACCUGAAUGUGCUCAGUGUCAUCACAAGUUUUUGGACACAGCUCAGCUGAAACAACACCUGAGAACUCACACAGGUGAGAAGCCGUUUACCUGUGAGAUUUGUGGGAAGUGUUUCACAGCCAAGAGUACACUGCAGACUCACAUCAGAAUCCACAGAGGAGAGAAACCGUACGUCUGCAACAUCUGCAACAAAUCCUUCUCAGACCCGAGUGCCAGACGCCGACAUGUGGCCUCUCACUCUGGAAAGAAACCCUUCACAUGCUCCUUCUGCAGCCUCUCGUUCACCCGCCUGGACAAUCUGAGAACACACACCAAAUCACACAACAAGGAAAGAGCUGCAGUUACAGAAACCUCAUCAAACGCCGCAGAAACAGACGCUGCAGCACCGCAGGAGGAGGUACGAAACAUCCUACAGCUGCAGCCGUACCAGCUUCCCUCCUCCUCAGAGCAGGAGAUCCAGCUGGUAGUCACCGCAGACGUGGACAACAUCAACUUUGUGCCAGGUCAGAACCAGGAGAUCAGCAUCAUCACCACAGAAGGGGAGACGGCAGAAUCGGCACACUCCAGACUCACCCUGCUCACUCAGUCAUCAGGGAACAUACAGAACGUGGCUCUGGUCACACAGGGCGGCGUUGUUGACCAGAAUCCUCACAUCCAGACGAUAAGCAUGCUGGAGGGUCAGGUGACGCAGCAGCCAGAACAGAUGCAUGUGAUCACGCUGAGUAAAGAAGCCAUGGAGCAGCUGCAGGCUCAUCACGGCCCCACGCAGCCCCUUCAGAUCACACAGAGACCCGUGCAGCAGCUGCAGCUGAUGCAUCAGCCGGUUCAGUCUGUCGCUCAGGAGACGACAGGCAGGGAGCAGCACAGUCAGGCCAUUCACAUCAGCAACCAGAGCAGCCAGCCCAUCUCCAUCAGCCAGACCAGCCAGCAGAUCUCCAACCACCACAUCCAGGGACAGACGUUCCAGAUUCAGGCCGGGACCGUGUCAUACCUGUACACCACCGGGCUGCAAGAGAGCUGAGACUGGGACGGGCCAAAAGACUAAACUUACUAAGGAUGCCUUUUCAUAAGCUCCAAAAGCAAACAGGACCAUCAGCAACAAAACAGAUGAUUUCUGUAUUUUUGAUUUUAGAGUUGCUGCAGGUUCUCAGAUGAAAUGAGUUACAGUGGCUGCAGAGACGCCUUAUAAAAAACAUUUCCACUGCAAAAAAUGAUCAAUAAGGGAUACAGGUAACCUAAAAUAAAGCAGGAGGACUUUAAGACAUAGCUUUCACAUAUACAGGAUAAAGUCAGCAUAGUGUUUAAAGGUACUUUUUCGUCCAGAGGAGACGCCAAAAUCCAAUCUAAAAAAAAAUCCAAAUUUAAUUAUAAAGCAUAUUUACACUAGAAAUAUAAAACAGAUUUAAAAGAGGAACAAUGUAAAAACAGGAGGACAUAAGAGAAUCAAUAAAAACAGGGAGGAUAUAAAGCAAAUUCUCACAGAGCCAAAAGCUAGGGAAUAAAAAGCAUUUUUAAGCUUGAUUUAAAAACAGGCAGUGAAGGGGACAGCUGAACAUGAAGAUGCAGAGCAUUCCAGAGCUUUGGCACAGCUACUGUAUUGACCUUGGGACAGUCAGAAGUAGAUGAUUGGUGGAUCUGAAUGUCUGUGAUAAAUUAUGGUGUUAUAAAGGUCAGACAGUUAGGAAGGAGCCAGCCUGUUUAAAGAUCUCAAAGUUAUUAAGAAAACUUUAAAACCAAUCCUAAAAUGCACUGGAAGCCAGUGAGGAGAGGCUGAAAUGGGGGAAAUGUGGUCAUAUUUACUUUUACAAGUUAAUAGAUGAGCUGCUCUAUUCUGGACAAGCUGAAGAUGAAAGAAAGAGGCUUGGCUGGCACCAAAAUAAAGAGCAUUACAAUAAACAGGGUGAAUCAUGAUAAAAGAAUGCAUACUGUAACCUUCUCAAAAUCAUUCAAAGGACUUAACAUUGAAUAAAAGCCAACGAUGCAAAAAACUAGCUGUCCAUGAUAAACCCCAGAUCUACAAACUGUAGAUCCUCACAGGAGCGUUAAACCAGUGUUUCUCAAUUGGUGGGUCUGGACCUAAAAGUGGGUUGUGAAUUUGUACCUGGGGAAAAAUAUGCCGCAAACAUCUGAAGAACGGAAGCCCUGGAGGACAUGGAUCCAUGAGUUACAUUUUGCACCUAUGAUAACGAGUACAUUUUCAGAUCUCAACUUGUUUAUAGCCUUCUCAUGCGGGCUACGCAGCAUAUACAUAAGAAAUACUAUAUAAUUUUUAAAACAUGGGACGCAGCAGACAAUUUCUCGAGAUUUUUCAUCCUACAACACUCUUGCGUACACACUUGACAACUCAGCUAGACCGUGACUUCACACACCAGCCGACCUGCCAAUGACCCCACAGUGAGGAUUCCCAACACACGAGAUCUCACUGAAUCCUGCGUCAUGCUAAAAUACAAAAUUAUUAGAAUGUCAAAUUCCGUCUUACCGAGGACUCGUGUCUUAAAUCAAAGAAACCCUUUUCUUACUAUUCUAAUUUUUGACAAUACUGGGCUAACCUGUCAGUUUUACAAUGUCUCUAUGCUGGAAGAGAGUCAAACACAUGACUUACAAGAACUUGUCACAGGAAAUCUGUAAAAACACAAAUAAGCUGAUGUUUAUUUUUCGGUUACAUGAAUUAAACACUGUGAAAAUGUGCAGUUUAAAACUGUAAAAUCAAUCGGACGUAAAUAAAUAAUUAUGGUUUGGGACUGAGAUACUGACCAGAGCUGUGUGUUGGUGCUGCACUGCUCUGUCUGGCGUAAUGACUGUUUUUUUAUUCAGUUCUCAAAUAAACUUUAAUAAAACACCGCAAUGAAUAAAAUGAGAUGAACCUUUAGAAAGCUUUACAUCAGAAAUAAAAAACUGUGACUUUUCUUCACAUGCCGCUGCAAUAACAUGAUAAUGAAUCCUGAGAUUCAGUAAAGUGUUAACAUUCAUCUGUGAGCGCAGAAAACAGACUGCUGUGCAUGUCAAACAGCAGCUAACUUGUUAAACGAGUCUGUGUUGCUUAUUAAAAUACCGCAGGGUGAAUCUCACAGGGUUGGUAAGGAUGUCUCAGCAGUCAGGACACGCAGGCGAGCCGGAUCCUGGAAGGAAGAAAAGCAGAGGCAGAGAGGACUAAUGAGAGUUUUUAUUACAAGAGUUACUGUAUUACUUUGGUUAAUAUGUAGCGAGAAGGACAAAGAUGUUUAAUCUACUGUCCUCCUGUAGAGAUAAAGUAACUACAACCUGUGUAUAAACAACAACCAUAUUUUCUUAAAAAGUUGGGAUGCUUUGAAAAAUGACAAAAAUAUGAUGUGGUUAUUUGCAAAAUGUUGAAACUCACUCUGAUUUCUGAUUCCACUCUAAAAAAAAAACUUUAACAUUAAAGGUGAGAAAUUUCGUUAUUUGUGUAAAACUAAAUGCCCAUUUUAAAUUUGAUGAAAGCAACAUUUUUUUUCUGUCAAGCUUUUACAUUCACUCCUAAACUUUGAUAUGAAAGUUGAUUAAACAGCCAAAUGAAUGCUGAGCUGCUGAGCAACAGUUUUUAUAAGUUGUCAGUACAAAUGUGUCUAUGUUUUUCUAUUGAGGAAGUAACUAAAAAAAAAACCUUAUCUGAAAUAAACAACUCAAUGACAACUUUAGAGCUCCCCCUGCUGGCAAAAAAUGUGACCUGACUGAAUAAUCUUGAUAGCAGACCUGUAAAUAUGGCUGAGCAGUAUAUCAAGUUUAAAGAUGUAUAUUGAUAUAGUUUAAAUCAAGAUAAUGGGAAAGAGGAUAUGUUUGUAUCAAUAUAGAUUUUUUUAAUUUAAAUAACAAUAUAUGCUUCUGCUGCCUCAAUCUGAAAACUGCUGAGUGAAAUGUUCAGAUAGGAAGAAAAAAUGUCAGGCGUAAUGUUUAGCAAAAAGAUUGUCCACCAUAAGAACCACUAACAGUAAUGUGCUCAGGUUUACAGAGUGUUCCCACACUAGUACACAGCUCUGUAACCCAUUACCCCAACACUGCUGAGGAUUAUGCAAAAGUUAAAAAUGCCAACCAUUCAGACAACCGCUCAGUCAACAAUCAAUCUCCCAACCUGACAUCUUUGAUUUUGUACAUUUUUAUAUUUGAAUUUGUGAAUUUUAAUGUGUAAAUUUGUCUUUUUCAUUUUGACUUGCUUUGGCAAUGAAAGCUAACAUUUCCAUGCCAAUAAUAAAGCCUUUGGAUUUAAAUUAAAAAAUCAUGUUUACUUGUCCCAGCCUUUAACAGCCAGGCCAGUGGGAAUCAGGAAAGUUGCUCUUCUUUGACUGUAAAUUUAAGAAUAAUCAUUUCUUUAAGUGAAAAAGGCCCAUUUUUAAGUGAACUUAAUAUACAAGGGGUCUUAGAUGUUUUUGUUUGUAACACAGGGUGGCUAUCCUUUGCUGGGUGGGCUGCCAAGACAAAUAUGGGAGAAUAAAGUAACUUCCUUAGGAACCCCUGCAUCAGUGCUUUAGAAGAUACAAGAUCAUCUGUUUGAAAUGUUUAGGGAGGGAUCGUUUAGGUUAACUUAAUUUAGGAGCAUUUAUUAGUAACAUUAAACAAUUUUCACACCAGUCAGUACCACAGCAACUAAAAUACAAGUCCUAGAGGUCAGUAUUGAGUACUUUAUUGUUUCAAUGAAAAAUUGCAGGCAAGCUCCUGCAAAGUGUCUAAAUUGGCAACAUUUGAAUAAAGAGGGUUUCCUUUGUUCCUCACUCUUUACACCCACUUUUCCAAACGUUCUAAACGUAUUUGUGCAAUUUGGACAAUCUCUCACUCAUGUUGAAAAACAGGACUAAAUAGUGUGAAGAUGGUCUAGCAGUUAUGUACGCGGGCAGCCCAGGUUCAAGUUUAGCCUGCUGCUCCUUUCCCCCAAUCCCUGUUUCUGACUCUGUCUUCUGUCCUCC